GCAGGGGCCGGAGGCGCAGCCGGGACGUGGCCGGAACGCGCCGGGAGCCCCGACCGUGGAACCGGGACGAGCCGCAGGACGGGCGCUGGCUGGCGCAGGGCGGCACGGGCAAGAGGCGGCCGGGAUGGAGAAGCUCCCACCGGGCCAGCGGGAGGACGAGGAUGAGAAGAAGGAUGAGGAAGAGGACGAGGACGAUGAUGAGGACAUGGCGGGGGACGCCGAGGGCAUCCUGCGCUUCGAGGAGCGCAUUGCCGAGCUGCUGGCGACAGAGUCCCGGCUGCGCCAGAGAGCUGAGCGGCUGCAGCACCGCGCGGGCAGGGAGGAUGAGGAGGGCUGGAAGGGCACCGCCAGCCUCCCCGCUGCCAGCCCACAGUCCCGGUGCUUCGACGGCACGCUGGAAGCGCACGGCCCUGACCUCUUUGCGGACCUGCAGCACGCUGUGAGCUCGCUGGAACGCGCCGUCUUCUCCCGGCACCGGCAGGCACCGGCGCAGCCUGUGCCCAGCGAGGAGUGGGCACGGGCGGCCAAGAGCCUGGAGGAGCUGGACCAGACCCCAGGCUGGGCUGGGAGGGCGACGUGCCGGGGCCCAGAGGAGGGAGCGGGCGAGGGGCUGCCGGCGGAGGAGGCGGCGGUGGCGGCGGCGGCGGCGAGGAACGCGGCGUUGCGUGCGGCCCUGGGGCGCCGGGACGAGGAGCUGAGCCGGGCCACGACCUCGCUGCGGGCGCUGUGGGGGGAGCGCGACCGGCUGCAGUGGAAGGUCCAGGACCUGCGGGAUGCUCUGUCCAGGCUGGAGGAGCCGGGGGGCUCUGGCAGCGACACCCCUGGGCUCGGCAGCCCCCCGGGGCAGGGGGAGCCCCGACUGCCCCAGGACCUGCCCCAGUGCGGCGAUGGCGCUCAGCCCCACGGUGCUCAGCCCCACGGCCCCGUCUCCCCCCCGCCCUCCGAGGGUGCCUGCCAGGAGCAGGAGCAGCGGGUGCAGCAGCUGCAGGGGCACCUGGGGAGGCUGCAGGAGGUGAACCGGGAGCUGGCGGCCGCGCUGCAGGAGUGCAAGAGCGAUGCGGAGCGGCUCAGCAUGGUGCUGGGCCAGCACGAGUCCCGCAGCACCGCCCUGCGCCUGGCCCUGCGCUGCAGCGAGCGCUGCGGGGGGGCCUACGCCGCCCUCCUCGACCUGAUGCGGGCGAAGCUGGGCAGGGAGGAGGACGGUGCCCGUGGCGAAGCCGCAGGGGAGCAGAGCCCAGGGCGCGGAUGGGGGUCCAGCCCCACGCCGACGGAGGGGCCGCAGCUCCUGGGCCGAGCAGAGCCGGACGGCCAGGAGGAGAGCGGGGACGGCGGCUCCCCCAGGCUGCAGAGCAUCCCGGCACCCCACGGAAUGGAGGAGGGGGCCCUGCGCGAGCACAUUCGCCGGCUGCGCGCGGAGCAGGCGGCCGUGGAGGCGUCCCUGCACGACGCCCCGGCACCCACCAGCACCUACCGCAGCGAGGACGCCCGAGUCCGGGCUGAGCGGGUGCUGCGGGAGGCCAGGGCUCUCCUGCCCGGCUGGAGGCGGCCGGAGAAAGCAGAGCUGCUGCAGGACUUGGCGAUGCUCAAGGAGGCCAUGGCCGACCUGAAGAUGCGGCUGCAGCUGGCGGAGAGGGAGAAGCGGGGCCUGGAGGUGCUGGCGGCCGGGCAGGGGCCACGGGAGGCUGCGCUGCGCCUGGUGCUCCAGCAUCUGGAGCGGGAGCGGAACGGGGGGCCAGGCUGCUCCCCCAGCCCCCCCGGCAGCUCCAGCAGCAGCGAGGAGGAUGCCCAAACCAGCCGGGUGGGAGCAGCGGCUCCCCGGCACCCUCCGGACCCGGAGAGGAUGGGGGAAGAGCUGCUACGUGCCCUGGCCCGGGUGGAGGAGCUGCGCGCCCAGGCGCGGGCCCUGGUGCUGUCCCUGGAGCAGAGCGGUGCCGCCAGCCGCGCACAGCAGGCGCAGUGCGUCACCGUCACCGCAGACUUCUUCCACGCUCACAGGUGGGCAGGAGGUGCCCGCUUCCCCGCUGGGUGGGCGGUGGGUGCCACGUCCCCCUACACGCCCCGAAAACACGGUGCCUUCCUGCAUGUCCUGCACGCACAUCCCCCCCGCAUGCCCCCCAUGCACGGUCCCUCCCUGCACACCCCAAAACCACGGUCCCUCCCUGCAUACCCCAAACCUGUGGUCCCUUCCUGCACCCCCCAAAAGCACAGUCCCUUCUUGCACACCCCACAACCACGGUCCCAUCUUGCGCACCCCCGGUGCGUGGUCUCUUCCUGCACAUCCCAAACCCACUCUCCCUCCUGCCUGCACAGUCCCCUCGGUCCCUUCGGCGCCGUGUCCCGGCUGGGAUGCUGAGCGCGG